GCCAAUUGGGAAAACUGCAGCUCUAUUCUCCUCAUUUAUUGGAUGCACAACAAGAGAGCUAAUACCAAUGACUGCACCGACCUAGAAAAAUCUAUCAGAUUUGUUCAAAACUCAGAUAUGGGAACACAUAACAACAAGUUUCAUUGUUGAAGAAUGCCAUAAGAAACAAGUUAUUCGAAGGAUGAUCAAGCUUUGGCGAGAUAAUAGAUCCAAUGUGAUGAAAGAAGUGGAGAAGCAAGCCGAAGUUGUAGGCCUACAACGUGCUGCUACCCUUCUCAAACCUAAUAAUGUAGAAUCUAUGAAUCAGUGGCUAGAUCUUAUCAAAAACAGAACUAGUCCAUCAUUUAAGGAAAAGUCUCAAAAAUUCAAAGCAAUGCGCGCAGAAAGAACCUUACUCCAUAGAACUAGUAGAAAAAGCUUUGCUCGUGUUGAAGAAGAAUUAAAGGAACAAAGUGAAAUCCCAGAUGCAAUAACAAGGUCUGAUGUUUGGAUUCAUGCUUACGAAGCAAAGAAGAAGAAGGAUUCAGAUGUAGUGGAGGAUCCAGAAAUAGUGAAACAAGUGAAAAUGUACAGGGCUGAGCAAGAACCUUCAGAGAAAUGUUCUUUGAAAGAUGAUGCUGUUGCAAAGUACUCGGUCCUGAUCCACGAGGACGAGUAAGAGGUUUGGGAUUUGGAGCAGUCCCUUCAAAGGCAGAUUAUCAAACCAAUGUUGGAAACAAAGUUGCUAAGUUAGAGAAUGCUUUAUUUGCUCAAUCACAAGAUAUGCUUGCUCAAUCACAAGAGAUCGAACGAUUGAAAGAGAUUGUUGGAACUAUUUUGGCACGGACAGAGAAAGAGGGGAAUAACCAUGGAAGUACUAGCGGUCAGCAUUCUAGUAAUGCGCUUUCACAACAAAAAGAUAAGGAAAAUACAAGUGUGAGUGUGCGGAAUUCUGAAACUGGGAGAGGACAAACCAAGCUCGAUAAACAAAAGAACUUAACUGUUCAACAUUCUGUUGAUGAGGGGUUGCAGACUAAAGAAAAGGAAGGUGCAAGGACCAAGGGCAUUAAGAAUGAUCAUAGUAGAGUUGAGUUAUUAAAUUGGUUUCAAAUGGGAGAAGAGGUUGUUGCAAGUGCAAAACUUGAGUCAAAGGAUCCGAGUGCAAUGGUCCAUCACGUGCCUCUUGGCCAAGAAUGUUGGAAAGUUUGGGUUCUUGAUG